GGGGCUGCGCCCUCUUCUUCCUCCUCCUUCCCCCCUCCAGGAACCACUAAGAGGAGCCUGGACUCCUGACACCUUCUCUACCUUCCAGCCCCGCUGGCUCUCCCUCAGGUGGGGCUGGCUCCACCCACAGGCCUUGCUGCUCUCUUGCUAUGUCCCUGCCAGGCAGCAGACGACCCUCCACGGGAUCCCGAAGUCGUGAGUUUUACGGAAGGAGCGGCUUUGCUUCGUUCUUUAAGCCUGCUGCGGCCCCGGCCCCUCCGCCCGAGAAACAGCCUCUUCUUCCUGCCUCCAGGCGCCCCUCUCCGCCCGUGAGCAUGCGGGACACGUACGGCACCUCCUCGCUCAGCAGCAGCAGCAACUCCGGCUCCUGUAAGGGCAGCGACAGCAGCCCCACCCCAAGACGUCCCGUCAAAUACCUGCUGUGCAGCGACAACCAUGGCAUCAAACCCCCGACCCCCGAGCAGUACUUGACCCCUCUUCAGCAGAAGGAGGUCUGCAUUCGACACCUGAGGGCCCGGCUGAAAGACUCGCACGAGAGGCUGCAAGACAGAGACUCCGAGAUCGACGAUCUAAAGACGCAGCUCUCGAGGAUGCAGGAAGACUGGAUCGAAGAAGAGUGCCACCGGGUCGAAGCCCAGUUGGCGUUGAAGGAGGCCCGGAAGGAGAUCAAGCAGCUGAAGCAGGUGAUCGACACCGUCAAGAGCAACCUCAUCGAGAAGGACAAAGGGCUCCAGAAGUACUUUGUGGACAUCAACAUUCAGAACAAGAAGCUGGAGACUUUGCUGCACACCAUGGAGGUCGCGCAGGACGGGACGGUCAAGGAGGAAGGGGCUGCGGAAUCCGGCGGGGGCUCCCCGGCCCGUUCGCUCACGCGCAGCUCCACCUACACCAAGCUGAGCGACCAAGGUGCAGCAGACCGGAACGUGAGUGGUUCCCAGACCAUCUCGGUGGAGGAGAUGGCGGACAGCGGCUUCAUGGAGCAGAGCAGCCUGUUCUCUUCUGGAGCGGAGUGUGGCGGAGACGAGACUUCCACGCAGGCCUCGUUCACCCUGGGGUCCCGGAUGCCGACAAGCUCCACAUACGAGAAGCUAAUGGGGUCUCAACACAGCGUGGAGGCCGCAGUUCAGGUCAGCUGCAUGCAGGAGCAAGCCAUACAGACGGACUUUGUGCAUUACGAGCCGGAUCUUGACACGAUCUUGGAAAAGGUCAUGAAGUCCCAAGCGGGCAGCCCGGGCAACUCCACGCUGGUUUGGGUGUCCGAAACGGAAGAUGCUACCGAGCCAAAUAACUCGGAGGCUCGCGUCCAAAAUUGCCCCAACGGGGACAUGGAUUUGGCAGCCGCGGAUCCCAACUCAGUCCCGUUGGUUGCUACGGGAGGCCAUACCGAGGAUCCCUCUGGACAGCCAAACCCCCGGAGGUUGCCCGACAACAACCCAGCAGUCCAUCAGCCUUCCAGCACGAGCCAAUCAGUGAGCGUCGUGUGUGCCGUGGAUGAAGAGGCUGCAGAACCGAGCCCAGAAGGGGCAACGGCUGCAUCAGUAGAGCCCAAAAGUUACUGGAGCCGCCACUUCAUUGUGGAUCUGUUGGCCGUGGUGGUGCCGGCCGUGCCUACCGUGGCCUGGCUGUGCCGUGCCCAGAGGAGGCAAGGCCAACCUAUCUAUAACAUCAGCUCCCUUCUGCGGGGCUGCUGCACGGUUGCCUUGCACUCCAUCCGCAAGAUCAGCUGCCGCUCUGUAGGUGGCGCCAGCGGUACCUGCCCCCAGCCGUGACCCCUCCUUCCCGGCCAGUUAAUCGCAUCACGCACACGCUUUUCUCGAGAGGGAGUGGAAAGAGCCGGCGUUUAAGUUGACCACUGAUUGUAAAUUCCGUGUACAGGCACUGGAACGUUUUAUUUUUUAAAGAAGUUAUUAUUUAUGUAUUUAUUUAUUUUUUGGGACACGCCUGAGCAACUAGACCAGAGUUCUCACUGCAUCUGGAUUUAUGCAAAUGACUUUGAAAACGGCAUUCUGGGAGCUGAGGCCGCUGCUAUUUCUACUAGAGCCAAACCUUGGUGGGAUUUUGGACCGGACGAAAUCUGUUCUUGGGGUCACCGGCUCCAAGAGAGGUCAGCCCACGCCUCUGUCGAAGGGCCCCGAGGUCAGUGGCGAAUGCUGUCCUCUCGUUUCGCUUCAGGAAAAUGGAGGUCCUUUUCCAGAAAAUCACCCGUUCGUCCCAUUUCUCCUGCCUCCCUCCAGGGUCAUCUUGCCGGACCUUGAGGUUAACCACUGUCUGUUUUUCCUUCAUUUGUCAAGACCAACUCUACAUGUCACCCAGCUUGAAUGUACCACACCCUGACGGGCCACAAGCACUGCCUCUUCCGUUCAUGUUCCAAUGCCUCGCAGGAUCCGUCUCCCAGCUAAAAACAGAUAAUGAUUCCUGGCCAUUUAUCUGGUUCUGGAGGGAAGGGAGGCAGAAGGGAGCUUGUGACGAUUGCGUGGCCGUGGUAGGGUUUGUUCUGAUCGGCUUCCUGGG